GAGUAGCGGCCGCAGGUGGUAAUGGUACUGUACGUUGAAUUGUUACAUGGGAUUCUACGGGAGUGUCUCUAUUCCAAUUUGGAAUGUUGAACUGUUUCACGGCAGUCUCUGGAUUCCAAUUUGGAACGUUGAACUGAUCCUCUUUCUAUGGCAGAUAUGGCCUAUAUUAAAAGUGGAUGGCUACUUCGGCAAAGUACUAUUUUAAAGCGAUGGAAGAACAACUGGUUUGACCUGUGGUCCAAUGGUCAGCUCAUCUACUAUGACAAUCAGAUGCGAGAAGACAUGGAAGAUAAGAUCCAUUUAAAAAUGGACUGUAUUAACAUCCGAUCUGGAUCUGAGUGUAGAGACUUCCAGCCUCCGGAUGGAAAGCCUCGAGAUUGUUUACUGCAGAUUCAGUGCAGGGAUGAGAGAACGAUCAAUCUCUGUGCAGAAAGUGCUGAUGACUGCCUGGCCUGGAAACUCGCACUUCGAGAGGCAUGGACAAACUUGAGCCUUGCUCCUGAAGUUGUCUUGGAUGAUGGUGUUUAUGCCUCUGCUCCCCCACCUUACACAAGUUACCCUACAGCACCAGCACAGGUUUACAGUUACGAUUCAUAUAGUGGCAGUUAUGCUGCUCAGCCACCUCCCGCUUCACAACAAGUUGUCUACACAUCCAAUGGACAGCCUUAUGCAGUGGCCUAUCAGUAUCCCUACAAUGGUCCUUACCCACCACCGACCAAUCAUGUGAUUAUUCAAGACCGGCGGCGCGAUGAUGGUGACCUUGCGCUGGGCAUGGUGGCAGGUGCUGCCACUGGCAUGGCAUUGGGCUCACUAUUCUGGGCCUUCUAGAACUCUGGGGAGCUGAGCUCAUUUGCUGUUUACAUUGCCUUCACUUUCCUGGUAGAGUCUCCCCAUGCAGUUUCCACCUUACCUCUCAAGUCCAUAACAUCUACUGCACUCAUAUAAUUGCUCUGUUACUACAUGACACUUUAAUCUUAUUAAAACAAAUUCUGAAAUCUUGAGUGACCUAUCUGAGCAAAAUUAAGUAGUCUAUUUAUAUCUAUAUAUAGCAAGAUUAAAAUUAACUUAUUUCAAGAAAGCCAUGACUAAAAGUAUCAUGCGUUUCUUAAAUUCUAAUUUUUUAACUUCAAAAAUUGUUUUGAACGUGAAUGUGAGAUGAGAGAGUUGGAGUGGAGUUGGCACACUGCUGUCAUGGGUUGGAACUCCCUUCUGAGGCCUGAUUUUUGUGUUCAGUCUAGGAUAUUGAGAUGAGAGGUUUUUUUUUUUUUUGGAUAUCACCUCCUGCUCUUUUGACACGUGGAUUGAAUUGUAGCACAAAUUGAGCUGUAUCAAGUGAAUGAGUUAGCCCAUGCCUAUAUCACUUCCAGGUGUGACAUGCAAAACAUUUGAUGCUUGGUGGGAAAAUGUAAUUUCAAGCUAUAUUAUCAAUCUGUUUAGCAACCAGUGAACAAGGGUACUCUGCUACUGUAUUGAGAAGUUACGGUCACGGUUGCAGCUUGGAUUUCCAAUGUCAUUGGGUUUUUGUCUCUAACAGUCACUUUUGGGUAAGGUUGAUCCCUAUGUUGGAAAAAUUACUCUGGUCACCAAAUUUAGAUGUUCUUCGUUAGUUGCUAACAAUGGGGUAAAGACCAAUAAAUUGCACUCCAACUGUAUAUACAUUUGAUCGGCCAAAGUACAACAAAUGUAAGAGGUAAAAUAUGCAAAUUGUGCACAUGCUUAUUUAAUGCUGCUUCCUAUCCUGAAGUAACAAGCUGUUUUACCCGAGAAAAGCCAAGAGUGAGGAAAGAACAGCCAGUUUGAUGAGAGCCAUCUCUACUAUUCCCGAACACUCUUCCUUUAGUACCUGAUUGAAUGUCCUGAACGUUUAUGCGUCCGUCGAAGCCAAGCAUUUCUCAAUAAAUAAAGAUGUCAUCUGCUUACACUUUCUUUUCACAAAUACAGAUUAAUGAUUUGUACUCUUACCCAACCACAGUUGAGGAUGCAAAAACAGAAAGGAGAGUGUUCUCUGCACAAAUAUUGAUUGCUCCUGACUUGUUGACUAGUCUUUUCUGUUCAAGGAUCCUGUGUCUGACAAUUUUAGUCCUGUCUUGUGUCCUCUGGCUUCAUUUUCCUGGCUUAGUUAGAAAUGUUGUGCUUACACAACCUGUUCUGUUAUAAAUUUGAGAAUUGAGAUGAACCAACUCCUGGCAAAGUAUGGAGUUCAUACUUUCUAAAUCCUUCCUCAUACUUUUAUACACUGGAUCAUUCUUGCUGAUUCUUCUUAUACUCUUUUUCUGGUGCAUGCUGGUUUUCUCUUGUGCCAUUAUCACCAAAUCUGAAGCCAAUGUCUGACAAGAACAUCAUCAGGCCUCUAUCACUUGUGUCUUGUUCACACUCUCCAUCCCAGUGUUUAAUUGGCUUUACAUUUAGUUCAGUCCAUUGCCUCAACAUAGAAAGUGACUUCAAAAAACCUGCCCCCGACAUCUGUUGGUUUUCAUCCAUUUCUGGAUGCUUAAAAUGCACAACAUUUUAAAUCAAUAUAAUUUAUAUCUACUGAAACUAAAUUUCAGCUACCAUUUGCCAGUUUAACUGCGUUAUGCUUCACUUGUUUGAAUAGAGCCAUUUCAUGAGCCAUUGGAUAAAUGAACUCUCAAUUAAUCUCUUUCCUUGCUUCCCAGUUCUGCAGUUUCCAUCUGUCAAACUGAAACUUUUGUAGUUGUCCGUUUACCUAUUGUUUUAAUUGUUUCAGACUACAAAGGUGGUACAACCUUUUUGAAGUCUGAAAUUAUAUUUGUCUAAUUUUUCAACUUCCUAUUUUGUACUCCCUAUGUUUAAUUUGAUGCUGUGUAUAUGAAUUCUUCAUAUAUAUAUAUAUAUAUACUGAUGUCUCUCUCUUUGUCUAUCCAAUCCUCUUCCAAUAUUCUGGCCAAACCACUAUCAUCAAACGUGCGUACUUUUUGUCUUUGACUUGAACCUGACUUUAUGAUUUGUAUUUAACUCGGCCUUGAAGGUAAAGAGACAGUAAAGUCAGAAGCAACAUAGUGGAAAUCAAUGGUGUUGACAUUGGUAUUGAAAGAUGUGAGAUCCAGAUAGAACCAACCUGUGAAUUUAGUGAAGACUAAAUCUGAAUGGGGAGGCAUUCAUUUCAUAAUUGUGGCUGGGUACAAGAUUCUGAAAGGAACUGUUGAAUUGCUUUACCUGUUUCAACUAUUGGAUAUACGUGCUCAGAACAGUCCAUUGUUGAUGGAAAAACUUGCACUUUAUUACUUGUGAUGGAGCCUGUAACUUCCAGUUUCUAAGCCUUGAGCUUAAUCCCAUGUAGUUUGAGAUGGUUUUUAAAGAAUCCUACAUAAUAGUCUUCACACGAGCUCUGCAAAGCUAGUAUUCCCCUUCUCACCCCUGUUCCAAUGAAUAAUUUAGUAACCUGUAUCCUGCUGUGCACAGUGCUGCCUCUUUGGGGUAAUCAGAUGCUUGAGCAGAAGUUAGCAGAGUGUUGUUAAAAAUGGAAGGAAAUUGACUGUGGGCAAAGCACUUCAGCAAAAUACUAAACAAAAAAAUUGCUUGGAUUUCAACUCUUGUUCUAGGUUUUGUCUGAACUUUAAACUGCUUCUGGCUAAUCUGGUGUCCCUUUUUCUUAAAACUUUGAAAUCCGUUUUUCUUUAGUGCAAGAUGUUACAAUGAAUCGUUUAUCCAUACUAGCCGGGAAAUGUCAACUCGUUAGUAGACCAACCGAAGUUUGAAUUGUACCUUUCAAACACACUGCUUUUGUAGUUCAUCUGCCUGAGAGAGCAUCCCAGCCACACGCACACGCUGUCCCCCAGGUUGUUGUUUGUCAUCGGAAGCUGUGGAGUGAAAGUUAAGUGUAUUGAUCCAAUCUUUUUCCCCUUCACGUAGGAAGCAGGGAGAAAUUGGUGCCAAUUGCUCAAGGAGUUUUGAAUUGGGCUGCCCAUAGUGUUGGUUGGUCUAGUGUGUUUGGGGAAGAUCUAGGGAGGUGACCUUGCAGGCUGAAACAACACAGCUUAAAUGCACUUUUCCCUCGAUACAGAGUAAUGUUGAAUGACUUCCAUUUGUUUUCUUAACACUGUAUGCCUUUUUAUCACUGAAGCGAAACAAUUCCUUAGCUUAUCCCAAAAUUAAUUUCGAGGCAAAUAUGUAACACUCCCAAGUGCCUCACGCCAUUAGGCUGUUGAAUGGUGGAGAAUUCCCUGAUUGGUGUGAACGAGUUGCAGUCUUGAAGGGAAUCCAUGGUGUUGCACCCUUCAGCCUGUAUAGGGCUAUGUAGGAUGUCUCUGCUUAUUGGGUUUAUCACCUGUUGGAUCUUGAGCUUACCUUGUGCUAUAUGCUGAUGCCUUCAAUGAGGAAUGGACAAUGUCCAUCUCCUUUGCAUUGUUUUUUUUUUCACUAAAUUCUGCUUGCCUGUCUUCCUUGGGCUUCAUUUUGUAUUUGAUCCUCUCAAACAGGAAAGCUUAUUUUUUUUGGAUGCAUAAUAACUGGGGAGCAUGGAAGGUAGGUUAAUGGUAUUUUUUUUAGUCCACAAGAAACGAGCAGUUGAGUAGAAGCAGUGUUUUUUUUGGGUGAAAGGGUGUGCGAAGAGUCCAUAUAGUGCCCACAGUCUGAUGUUCGUCUUCCAGUCAGCUUUUUUGUUAAUUAGAAGAGGCUGCUUAGGGUUUUUUUUUCUUUGUGAUUUCCUGAUUAAUCAUAAAUUCUGUUUAUAUGUCACCCUAAAUUUUAACUAUUGGAAUAACUGAAUUAUCUAGUGUGCUUUGUCUUAUUCAGCAGUCUAAUGACACUGACCAAUCGGAGCAGCUUUUUACCCAUUUAAAAAUAAAAUCUCAGCACAGAAAGGACAGACCUUGAGGGUGAAAGAAAAAUGGCUGAAGCAUUGAGUUGUAAGCACCAAAUUGUUGACUUGAACAUGUAGGGUAGACCAGAGAACGUAAGCAGAAGAGAAUGCAGUGGGAAGGUGAGGCAAGUGCUGAAAGUUGAUGUGGAUUCUUGUUUUGAAUAUGAAAGUGAUAUAAUGAAGUAACACCGAGUACGAUUCAGUGGUUGAAAAGAAGUGUGUGGAUUUGGCAGGCAUGAAUAUUUCGUAUCCCUCUUGAAUGCUCACUGCAGUCGUCUACAUUUUUUAAAUUUUCUGUGAUGUCCUCUCUCUGGAUCCAGCUCUCUCGUGUUUUUUGUACUAAUGGUUGGAGAUGCAUCCUCUGCUGUGAAAUUUGUGCAAUGUGUGUGCGUGCAGAUGUUACCUUUUAAUACUUUUUAAUUACUAUGAUUAAUGAUCAGCGCAAAAAUGCUUCUAGAAAUAUUCUGUCAAUAGCAAUUGGGUAGGUUGUAUUUCUGUGAUCAAUAUUGCUGAUUAUACCCUAAAAUUUUGUUUCUGUGGAAUGAAAUUGUGUAUUUAAAUAAACUGAUUUAAUUGUA